UUGGACUGGCGGCAAUUUGGCAAAGCAAACGCUAAGUGGUAACGAGCCCUUCUGUCUGUUACUUGCAGUCUCACUCAAUCUCGUGUCACUUUAGUCACUUGGUGUUCGUUCUUCGGCAGGUCUCUGCCGAGACUCCUGUACUUCGUAACUGGUCUGUGUAAACGCGAGUUACAGGAAUCACAAUGUUAUCCUGGAUACAAGAAGCAGCAAAAAUGAAUCCAUUUUCAUCGCCGUUUAUGACAGUCAAGUGCCAGGCAUUGGAGAAUGGUGCUCGGCCGCUCGUUCCGAAUCGAAAUAUCGUUGCCGCUUCCGUCGAGGAAAGUGAUAGUUGCGAAUUUGGAUCAAAUCAUUAUUUCCUACUAUGCGGUCUCGGAGGCAUUUUAUCCUGUGGUAUCACUCACACCGGUAUCACUCCCUUAGAUUUAGUCAAAUGCCGAAUUCAAGUGGAUCCUCAAAAAUACAAAUCAGUGUUCAAUGGAUUUCGAAUAACGUUUGCCGAAGAUGGCACUCGAGGAUUAGUGAAAGGCUGGGCGCCUACUUUCUUUGGUUACUCCAUCCAGGGAAUGUUUAAAUUUGGUCUUUAUGAAGUUUUCAAAGUUCAAUAUUCGACAUUAAUCGGCGAAGAGCUCUCUUAUGAAUAUAGAACCUCUUUAUACUUGAUAUCGUCGGCUUCAGCGGAAUUCUUUGCAGAUAUUGGUUUAGCGCCAUUUGAAGCCGCCAAGGUCAGGAUACAGACUAUGCCAGGGUAUGCUAAUACUUUACGACAAGCGAUACCAAAGAUGUAUGCAGACGAGGGUCUUACUGGAUUCUAUAAAGGCUUAAUACCGCUAUGGCUGCGUCAGAUUCCAUAUACGAUGAUGAAAUUUGCCUGUUUUGAACGCACUGUCGAACUUCUAUAUAAAUAUGUAGUACCCAAACCUAGAUCAGAAUGUAGUAAAUCUGAGCAGUUGGUGGUUACGUUUGCAGCUGGAUAUAUCGCCGGUGUAUUCUGCGCUAUUGUAUCCCAUCCUGCUGAUACGGUGGUGUCGAAGUUGAAUCAAGAGAAGGGAGCAUCUGCAGGUCAAGUCUUGAAGAAGCUCGGUUUCGGUGGUGUAUGGAAGGGCUUGGGACCGAGAAUCAUUAUGAUCGGUACCUUGACCGCCGCGCAAUGGUUUAUCUAUGACGCUGUCAAGGUUUGGUUACGCAUGCCCCGUCCACCACCACCUGAGAUGCCAGAAUCUCUCAAGAAGAAGUACGGCCUGGCAUAAGCGCAAAGCGCAAUGUGAUAGGCACAUUGCUAACCGAAUCAUUUCACUCGAUCGUCGAUUAGAAAAAGAGAAGCGUAUAAAGCAACUUCAAUUUCUCAUAUUGUACGACGUUGAACAAUAUGUCCUAUUUUAUUUUAGAAUAUUUAUUCU